AUGAACAUAGAAGAGCUGAGAAAAGCACUACACGAAGAAAAAGACGAGAGAAAAAAAGCCAAGAUAGAGAAAAAGAUUGAAAAGAUGGUCAAGUUCUUGAACAAACUGCAGGUGCAGAAGGACACAGCGCCAAAAGAGGGCAAACCAAAAACAAAAAAAGUGAUUGAGUUUGAAGAAGCAGAAGAGAUACCAGCCGGAGAAAAGAAGGCUGUAAAAGACUUGGCGGGACAGUUUAAUCCCAAAUCGGUGGAAAAUGGAUGGUUUUCCUGGUGGGAGAAGGAGGGAUACUUUACCCCAGAGUUUAAAACCAAAGUGCAGAACGGCAAAACGUUCACUAUAGUCCUUCCUCCCCCAAAUGUCACGGGAUCCCUGCACGUGGGACACGCAAUGAUGGCUUCGAUCCAAGAUACAGUCGUCAGACUAAAAAGAAUGCUGGGAUACAAGACUCUGUAUCUCCCAGGAACAGACCACGCAGGAAUUGCCACACAGGUAGUUGUUGAAAAAGCAAUGGAAAAACAAGGAAAACACAGAAAAGACUGCACACGAGAAGAGUUUCUGGAGAAAGUGUGGGAGUGGAAAGAGCAGCAUGGCACACAGAUUGUCAACCAGUUCAGAAGGCUUGGCACUAGCUUGGAUUUUACACGAGAGAAAUUCACCAUGGACGAAGAGCUCUCACAGGCAGUAACAGAGGCAUUUGUCAGAUUCCAUGAAGACGGGCUUAUAUACAGAGGAAAUAGGCUGGUCAACUGGUGCGCAAAGAUACAGACAACUCUGAGCGACCUAGAGGUAGACCAUAAGACAGUGGAGCCAUACGAAAAAGUGCACACAGACGGAAAAGAGCAUACUUUCGGAGUAAUAUACACUGUGAAAUACGAAAUAGAGGCAAACGGUAAGACUUAUACGGUAGAAGUGCCCACCACUCGGCCAGAGACAAUCUUUGGUGACUCUGCCCUGUGCGCACACCCAAAUGAUGAAAGAUAUUCUCAUUUCAAAAAUUCAGGCAACAAUGAAAGUGAAUGCACGCCCAUCAAUCCUCUUACAGGAGAAAAGAUGAGAUUCGUUUUUGAUGAGGCAGCAGAGAUGGACUUUGGCACGGGUCUUCUUAAGAUUACGCCCGCCCAUGACCCCACAGACUUUGAGGUGGGCUUGAGACACAAUCUUCUCUCUACCUCUGUUAUCGAUGCUAAUAACAGAAUGACAGUUGGGCCUUUUAAAAACAUGCUCAGGUUCGACGCCAGAAGAGAAACAGUGGCUCUGCUAAAAUCUAAAGGACUUCUUGUCCGGGAGGAAGGGCAUCCUUCGAGCAUUCCCAUAUGUUCACGCACGGGUGAGGUAAUUGAGCCCAGACUCACUGCGCAGUGGUGGAUGAACUGCAAGGAAUUAGCCAAAAAGGCACAGGAAGUAACUAAAACAGGAACACUAAAGGUGCUGCCAAAUGAAAUGUGCAAGGUAUGGGAUGCCUGGCUGUCCAAUGUAAGGGACUGGUGUCUCUCCAGACAGCUGUGGUGGGGGCACAGAAUACCUGCAUACUCUCGCAAUGGAGUGUGGUAUGUUGCGAGAAGCAAAGAAGAAGCUGAAAAACAGGCAGGAGGAGAAGUGGAGCAGGAGGAAGACGUUUUGGACACUUGGUUCUCUUCUGGUCUCUGGCCCUUUGCUGUGCUCGGGUGGCCAAAGGACUCUGAUGACAUGCUGAAGUACUAUCCCACCUCUCUGCUGGAGACGGGGAAAGAUAUUGUCUUUUUCUGGGUUGCGAGGAUGGUUAUGAUGGGAAUUGCCUUAACAGGAAAGUGUCCGUUUGAUACUGUGCUUUUCCACAGCAUAGUAAGAGACGCACACGGAGAAAAAAUGAGCAAGAGCAAGGGGAACGUGAUUGAUCCUGUGGAUGUUAUUUCCGGUGUUUCUCUGGAUGAUCUUUUGAAAAAACUGAAAAACGGAAAUUUGUCUGAGAAAGAGAUAAAAACGGCCUCUAAAAACAUAGCGCAGGAGUACCCGCAGGGAAUUGAGGCGUGUGGAAGCGAUGCACUGAGGUAUUCUUUGCUCUCAAGUGCUUCGCUGGGAAGAGACGUGUGUCUGAGCAUAGAAAAAGUUGUGGGGUGCAGAAAGUUCUGCAAUAAGGUGUGGAAUGCGAUGAAGUUUGCGCUGUCACAAAAUGCCAAAAAAAGCACAAAUAACAGCAAUGCGUCAGAGACCGAUGAGAACAUGGAGUACAAAAAGAGCUCAUUUGAGUAUGCCUCUGACAGGUGGAUAGAAAGCAGGUUUUUGAACACCGUGAGAAGCACAGCCGAGUCAAUAGAGACGUACAACUUUAUGAAAGCUGCAGUAGAUGUGCAGCAGUUUAUGAUCUACGAGUUCUGCGACUUUUACCUGGAAAUGUUCAAGGGGCGUAAGGACUCAGCAGGCAUUAGAACUUUGCGGAUGGUUGCGCUUGGGUUUGUUAAGAUGGCGCAUCCUCUGCUUCCCUUUUUAACAGAAGAGAUCUAUCAGGUAAUGAAGAAUUCUUGGGAGCUUGAUGGAUACACGUGGAUGCCUUCCAUUACGGUGGAGGAGUAUCCUUUAGAAAAUAACGGCAUAGAAAAAGAAAGCGCUGAGGAGGCCCAGUGGAUGGACUCUGUCCUAGAGCUGGUAAAAAGCGCUAGAUCAAAAGUGUCGCUGAAAACAGGAAUAACAAAGAUUGUGGUCGAGUCCUCUGAGAAAACACAAUCUCUGGAAAGAGCAAGCGGUAUUUUAGCUCGGCUGAUGGGAGUAGAGGUGUCCUUUGAAAAAGACGCAGCAUUUGACGAAGAAGCAUCUGGAAUUCAAUAUAAGCUGGUUUAG